CGAGGGUUGCUUGGGUAGCUACUGUCAUGGCGGCGACUAUCCCCGAGGCUGGGGCGUCGGCGCCUGAGGCGGCGGGUUCCCCCGAAUCCCCACUGCAGUACAGCCUUCUUUUGCAAUACUUGGUGGGUGACAAGCGUCAGCCCCGGAUCCUGGAGCCUGGUAGCCUGGGUGGGAUCCCUAGUCCUGCCAAGAGCGAGGAGCAGAAGAUGAUUGAAAGGGCGAUGGAAAGCUGCGCCUUCAAGGCAGCGCUGGCCUGCGUGGGAGGAUUCGUCUUGGGAGGUGCAUUUGGGGUGUUCACGGCUGGCAUCGACACCAAUGUGGGCUUUGACCCUAAGGAUCCUUACCGAACGCCGACCGCAAAAGAAGUUCUUAAAGACAUGGGGCAGAGAGGAAUAUCCUACGCCAAAAACUUUGCCAUUGUGGGCGCCAUGUUUUCUUGCACUGAGUGUUUGGUAGAAUCUUACCGGGGAAGAUCGGAUUGGAAGAACAGUGUCAUUAGUGGUUGCAUCACUGGAGGAGCCAUUGGUUUCAGAGCUGGCUUAAAGGCUGGAGUAAUCGGUUGUGGAGGUUUUGCGGCUUUCUCUGCUGCGAUCGAUUAUUACCUCCGGUGAGAGGCAUUCCCCACAGAAGACGACAGCACCGGCUCAGCAUCAGAGCUGUUCAGAGGAGGACAGUUUCUGCACCACUCCGGGGUACUGGCUUGACAGACUGAAGACAUUGACUGUUCUCCCUCAUGUAGCUGGUGUCAUGAGGGAGCUGCCUGGCUGUGCUUUGCCCCGGCUUUCUGAGCAGCAACACUGCUGUUCCUGUAGCCCAGCAGGCUUGAUGGGGGAGGUACUGUCAGGUUCUCCCCUGAGGGCAGAUCAGGAGGUAACAUGUUGACUUUUAGGAAUUAAUCUCCACCACGUUUCAGUGCUGACCACAGCUGGACCUUUGGAGGUUUGGUACUGUGGGGGCGCACAGGUUCCUUACACACAGCCAGGAGCUGUUCUGCCUUGGCCCUCCAUACGGCCGUCCAUCUUGCAUAUCAGGGCAGGGCGAAGUCAGUCCGUGCUGCCAACCAGUUACAUCAUUUCUGUUUAGCAUUCUGCUAUCCUUGUGGUGAAAAAUAGAUAUUUAUAUUACAGUUUAAAAGCUUGGUAUAUUUUUAUCUCCAAAUUCCACAAUUCCCAAAAAAAGUGCCAGGUGGCCCAGAGAUUGAACAUCUAAAGGGGAAGAGUGAGAAAGCUUUUGAGAAGUCUGGGAUGUUAGAUUCUAAGGGUUUGUAGACUACAGUGUUAUCCUCACCAAGACUUACACUGGCCAGGCCUCACCCCACCCACCCUAAGGAGCCCAGCCUAGCCACUUCCUAGGCUGUACUGGAAUUCCAUGUAUAGGCCCGAUUGGAAUCUUCUAACAGUCGCUCCUGUGGGCUGGCUGCUAGGCCUGCCUGCCUGCAGUGUGCUGAACCACAUUGGUUUCAUGAUCUGAUCACUGGACCAGGCCCAGCUCAAGGACACAUGCGUGAAGGGCCCUGCUGUGGUCAUCCUGAUGACCAAACCACAGUAGCUAUUGUUUAUUUUAAUAUUAAUGUUUUCGACUUGACCUAGUCGCGUUUUUCUGACAUUAGUAGCUCAGCCUAAUUGUGUACGAUAAGCCUUUUACAAGUGGGAUCUGCCACUGGCGCUUCCUGACUUUGGUGCUCUGGUGCAGAGAUGAAACUGAUGGCCUCAGGCUUUUGCUCCUGGCAGGGCAGGCAGGCAGGCCCAGCGGGGCCAGGUGAUUCUGGCCAUCUCCAGCCGGUGGUGAUGUUUCUCCUUUUUUCCUACUGUAUGAGAACUCCUCUGCCCUUUGUUGCUUUCUUCCCCCUUAUCUGCUCUGUUUUCUAGCCCACCCACCUUUAAUCCAAAGACUCAGCUUAAAUGUACAGGCAUCCCGAGUGUGUAUUUGUAUGUGAGUGAUGAUGUCAAACACAGCUGGUAACACUUUCCUCUGGCCAUGGCUGCUGUUUACUUUGGAAUGUGAGCUGGCACCCAGGGCUCAUGCCCUUCUAUGGUGAAGGCUGUGUAAUGCCUGUGCCAGUCUCCUUGCUGCUAGGCUGGUUGGGGCAACCCCAGAGCUCUCAGAACAAAUUUAGAAGUGUUUUCCUAUACUGUCCCUAAAUUACUAUUAAACACUUUGAGAGCAAGGGCAGUCAUAGUUCCACGUGGCAUCUGUCAAAGUGCCGGGGCGCCCAGGAUUCUGCCAGUCCAUCUAAACAUGGGACCAAGCACACUGAGCGAAGGAAUACAGAACUGCUGGCCCUCGCCACUGCCUUGGAAAAGGUGAGCCCUGGGGCUGUGAGGAGCCAUCAAUUCAAUAAA